UCUGGUGGCGCCUAUAGCCUUCGACCUGAAGCAACGAUGGCCCGCCUCCUCACCUGCGUCGCCCUGAUCUGCGCACCGCUCGCGGCCGAAGCCCAGUUCGGCCGCCGCAACAAGAUGCAGGGCGAGGCGUCCGGCAUCGCUGACGCCACGCCGCCGCCCUCGGACGUCGACAUCGCGAUGGCCGGCUGGGAGCAGCUCAGCCGCAACCCCGACAAGAUGCAGGAGGUGAUGCAGGGCAUGAAGGACCCCGAGGUGAUGGCCAAGGCGGCAGAGAUGCUCAAGGACCCGCAGUACAUGAAGGCCGCCAAGGCCAAGCUCGCCGAGCUCGAGGCCAAGGCCAAGGCGCGCGGGAUGCUCGACGCCCAGGGCAACCCGGUGCCCGGCAUGGCGACCGCCACCGCGAUGGGCCAGGUUCCGGGCGGCGCGGCGGCGAUGGGCGGCGCUGCGGCGAUGGGCGAUGCGUCGGAGUGGGAGCUGCGGAACGCGGACCGGCACAAGGCGGGCGAGCUCAACACGGCGGAGCUGGGCAUGGCCAACCUGCAGCAGGCGGCGCGCGACCCGAGCGUGAUGCAGGGAGUGAUGGAGAUGAUGAAGGACCCAAACACGCGCAAGGAGGUGGAGGCGCUGAUGGCGGACCCGGCCUUCAAGGCGCAGGCGCAGCAGAUGAUGGCAGGCGUCAAGGACAAGGUCGCCUCGAUGGCACCCUCCGACAUGGCGGCGAUGGCGCGCUCGAUGGGCCUCGAGGUGACGCCCGAGCAGAUGGCGCAGGCGCAGCAGCAGAUGGCGGGCAUGGCCGGCGGCAUGGGGAUGGGCGGCGGCGGCAUGGGAGGCGCCUCCGAGCUCGAGAUGCUGCGGCGCGAGAACGCCGCGAUGAAGCGCGCUUUGCACGACGAGCUCUGAGCGCAACCCGGGCGCCUCUAGACGGUGGAGCGAGUGGCGAGACGGGGAGAGCUGUGCGGGUGUGGGGCCCUGUGUCUGGCCCGUGGGACGGAGGCCGAGGGCGAGAGCCACGCGCCGACCCGACGACCCGACACCCGCCUGUCUUGAGCUGUUGUGCCCCCCCGCCCCGUCCCGCUCUGCGUGUGACCCGCAGCACCCCAGGCCGUGAGGACGCGUGUGUUACUGUACGUGUUAUGUUUCGUAUGGACCGGCAAUUC